AUGUCAAAUAUCAAGCGUGGUGAUAAAAUCGUCGUGAUAGUCAGUGAUAGCUCGAGGUCGUCGGUGCAAUGUGUGCAAUGUUUUUUGCAUGAAGUAGAAGAAGAAGAGGAGUGGACGGCUGAAAACGAAGAGAUGAUGGACCACACGCAAGGAGUGGAAUUAAGCAUUCGAGACCGGUUCAUACGCACGCACGCACUCACUUCACUCACAUGCACACAAUGUGCAUACAAGAAAAAUCUAUUCAAUGAGAUGAGUUUAUCACGACGACUUAUCUAUGCAGUCUAUGCAGUAUGUGGUGAGCAAUUGUGGGCCAUUUAUGGGCUGUUGUUGUAUGCAGGUGGCAGCGAACGGGCCCUUAGCAUAGAAGCGAAUCCUUUAGCAAAUAGGAUAGGGUCUCUUUAA